CGACGAAACGAGCAGCUUCAGAAGAAAAGAGAGUCUGGAAAGGUAGUGGAAGAAGAGCCUAUCCCCGUUAGCGAGAACGAUGAGGAUAAUGAGGAUGAGAAGUUGCGGGUCGAAGAAGAAGAACGUGCUCGCCGGCCGACACUGGAAAGGGAGUCGGAGAAAGGGAAGGCCGAAGCAAGCGAGGAGGAGUCACGAAAGAAGAAGAACGUUUAUUCGAUCCCCGUGGMGCAGGGGGUCAAUAUCGAGCAACUCGUCAAUAAGAUUCUGGAAAGUUAGCGCGACUUGGUYACGCUGAAGGAAAUUUUGGYGGUAUCGCCGAACAUUCGAGAGGAGUUUAAGCAGCGGAUGACUCGCAAGAGAGUCAUGACUAUUAAGCUCGGCGAARUCAUUCCGCCGGAAGCUAACUGGUCCCCGCCUGGGACGAAGAUGGACUGGCGAAGUGUGUCAACCGACCAUAUGAAGGUCCAGAUUGGACAGCAGGAGUACUCGRCACUUGUGGAUGAUGGACCUGAGAUGAAUAUCAUUCGUGAGCGCCAUGGCAUUGAAGCUGGCAUGAAGAUCAACCGCGAUGACUAUGGGUUUCUGGUGGGAGCUAACGGAUCGACCCCAUUCUGCGGGACAGCCAGUGGCGUUCUCGUCACGGUCGGGAAGGUCAAAGUCCGCUCUUAUUUCUACGUGUUACCUAGAGUGGAACACGAGGUGCUUCUGGGAAGGGCGUUCCUAUGUCGGUCGGAAAGCAUCAUCAUUAACAAGCAUGAUGAAACCAUGUUUGUAAUUCUUUGCGAUCCUGUCAGCGGUUAUUACGAAGUGGUCAAGUGUGCGAACACUGGACCUUAUUGCUCGCGGAACCGGUUGAACCCGGAAUCCUAUACCUUUCCGGRKUCAGAGAAGUUGAGAAGGGAAAAGRAAUCACUAUGGGAGGAGACGAAUCCUCGUGAGUUCUCGCUGACCCUGCCUGAUAUUGGGCAGGCAAUCGAUUUCCCGUUUGCCGCCAAAGUGGAGCACUUGCGAAAGCUUGUGCGCAAAGGUCAGAAGUGGGAAUGGGGUCCGAAGCAACAAGAGGCCGUGGAGGAUAUAAAGGCUGAGUUUCGUGAGGGCGGAUUGAUCCUUGGAGUUACCUUUUUCGAUGAUGAUGAGAAACGUCCUUUUGUUAUUGAGACUGAUGCGGGGCCUACAGCCCUAGGAGGGGUCUUCGUUCUGAAGGACGUUGAGGGGCAGGAAAGGCCUCUCAGAUUUGAAAGCAGGACUCUGAAUGUUGUUGAGAGAAACUAUUCCCAGUUCAAAAUGGAAACUUUAGUCGUCCUUCACUGCUUCCACAUCUUUCAGAAUUAUGUGUUUGGGAGACGCUUCAUCCUGCUGGUAGACCCAACUGCUUUGGCUCAAUCCUUAAGGAAUUAUUCACCUGCUGAUCCCACCAUUGCACGAUGGUUGACUUAUAUUUGGAUGUUUGACUUUGAAAUCGAACGGAUUUCGGGGAGUCAGAAUCACGCUGAUGGGCUAAGUGAGGUUGAAUGGGAUCCAGAAUCGGAUCAGGCAGAAGAAUCAGUUCCGGUCGAUGCCUUUCUGAAGGAAGAGGAGACGAGAUUGAGUAUUAACACUCUUGCCUACCUGACAGAUGCGGCCACUCGGCAUGGGAAAUCGAUAUGGAAUGCUCCUGCCUUUCACGAGGUACGUUCAGAGCUCGUGAUGGAGGAACCUUUCAUUGAGGAGGACCCAUGGGGCGAGCAGACCGCAGAGGAAAUGAUGAGGUUGGCUUUGACCAAUGACAGCGACCUUAUGCUUGAUCCACUAACGAUUGAACAGGGCCAUACGCAGGCUGAUUAGGCUUUCCAGACCGUUGGAAGGAUGUCAUAUAUCAUGAACUUGUUGGUUCACGAGGAUCGCAUGGGGUUAAUGAAUGCGGAGGAAGGGA